AAUCUGUUAAAUUUACAUGGACAUACUGAAAUAUAAUUAUUUGAAACAAAAACAUUUAAACGGGAUUGAUCGUUACAAGUAUGUGUCUGUUGAUACGUCACCCUUAAGCUAUUAUAUAACAAAUCCUUUAUGGGAUAAAACGGUUGAGUUUUUCCCAAGAUGGAUUGCCCCAAAUUUAAUGACAUUUAUUGGGUUUUUGCUUACUGUUGUCAAUAUUAUUUUACUUACUAUAUAUGAUUAUCAUUUUUAUGCAUCUACUGAUAUGUUCCCUUCUAAAUACCCACCAAUACCUAGAUGGAUUUGGUUAGUGUGUGCUGUUAAUCAAUUUCUCUCUUAUGCUUUGGAUUCAUGUGAUGGCAAACAAGCUCGAAGAACAAAAACUAGUUCACCAUUAGGCGAACUAUUUGACCAUGGACUAGACAGUUGGGCCAGCAUAGUCGUGCCGCUAUGCUGCUAUUCUCUAUUCGGUCGCGCCGUCUCCGGCUUGGCACCCAUGCGGGUAUUUUUUGUUAUGUGGGGAGUUUUAUUCGUUUUCCUAGUAGCUCAUUGGGAAAAAUAUAUUACGGGAAUCUUUUACCUGCCCUGGGCUUAUGACGCUAGUCAGAUAGCCCUUUCAUUUGUUUUUCUGGUGAGCUUUUUUCGCGGUUACGAAUAUUGGCAUUUUACGUUUCGUUUAUUCGAUUUGACAAUUAACCCCGGUGUCCUUGUCGAGACUGCCGUUUAUGUCAGUGCUUUCGGAUUAACUCUGCCAGUAGCGUUAUACCACAUUUACAAACAUUAUCACGAUAGCGCGGAUAAUGAGAGACGACUCGACAUAUACCAAGCCUUAAAACCGCUGGUUCCCGUCCUAUACCUUUUCUUAGCCUCGUUAACGUGGGUCUUGUUAUCUCCCAACGAUAUAAUUACAGUCGAACCAAGGCUAUUCUUCUUCCUACUCGGAACCGUUUAUUCUAACAUCGUUAGCAAGAUAGUUAUCGCGCAAAUGUCGGGAACAUCUGCUAAACAAUCCAACUUCUUGCUUUAUCCCUACAUCAUAACAGUUGCCGCUAUAAUCAUGUUCAAAUGGGUAACGACACCCUAUUCCGAAAUUUUGGUUCUUAAAAUAUUGCUUCUCUUCUCGUUUCUCACUCAUCUGCAUUUCGGAUAUCGGAUUGUUAGUCAAUUAUCUUCAUAUUUGGGAAUAUAUUGCUUCACUAUAACCAAAAAACCUUCCUCUAAGUCCAACAGUGAUUUUAGCGUUUUAAAAUCAAAGUGAAUCCGCACCUAUAUUUAUCAUUAAUUAAAUGAUAUAUUUAGUAUGUUUGUACAAAUUUAUGUUUUAUUAUUCCUAUAAAUGAUUACAUUGUAUAAAUUAUUCCUUAGCAGAAAAAUUAGCACCAUUCGAAACGUCAAUUACAUUUUAUACUUUGUUUAACUAUGUAACUUUUUAAGAAUUUUUCUUAUUUAUGAAUGAUAAUUUUUUUAAAAUUAUAUAAUUUCUUUCUCAUAGAUGAUUUAGUUUUAAUUAUUAAAAUUAUCUUUAAAUUAUAAAUUUAUUAGAAAGUAUUAUUUUUAAAACCCAAU